GCUUUAAGCAGAGUGGAAAGACAGUGUGAAAAUAAGUGUGGCUUUAACCGACCGGCUGCUCUGUGGGCUAUACAGUACAGGAAGGAAAAAGGGUGGGCUGCUUUAAAGGCUUCAAACAACAAAAGCAGCACUUAACAUUUGUCAGACAUCUAAUAACAGAAAGGGGAAAAAAUCUUAGUCCAACAGUGAUGUUAAAGAGAACAGCUCAAUCAUAAUCCAGCCUGAGAGAAGCUUUGGAUUUGUAGGAAAGAAGCAACUAGAGGUAUCAGAGAGACAACGCCUCAUAUCAUCGCUAUUGUUUAACUUGGCAACCGAAUUUGAACUUAAGACCGAUCCUGAUUGAGGAAAUCCGCUGGAGACCGAAUGGUUUACUCGCACGCAUUUUUGAUCACCACUGGCUGAUGAGCAAGAGAGAGCCACCAACCGAGGACCGAGUGGAGCUGAUGAACUUCUGGAAGAAUUGCUUUUCUGAAUCUAUCUGACGCAUGGGGAGCCUACAUUUCAACUCAUUUUCAAAUCCUUUGGAUUAUAUUUUCAAGUGUCUCUUCAAAUUAAAGUUCUAUUCGUUAACUAAAAUCAUCUAAUAACCUGACAGUCGGGAAAAAAUGCUGAGAGCCGAAGCCGCGUCUGUAGCCGUCUGGGUAGCAUGUGGAGUUCUGGGUGUUUUGCUGGCAGAAACUCAGCAAUGUAGCUUUAAAGUCCUCAAGUCUGUCCAAGGCACUGACUCUAUACGACUCACGCUGAACAGCUCAGCUGUGGAAUGUCGCUUCGCAGUGAAUACAGCAGACAGACCUGAGAACCAGACAGACUGUCAUCACGAUCAGGAAAAUGGGGAAAUGAUUACAUGUAAACUGGAGCAUUUGUACCCUGGAACAUGGUACCACCUGACUAUAGAAUCGAAGAUGGACAGUAAUCAACACAACCUGUCCCUGGCAACAAGACCUUCACCUGUGCAAAGCGUUCAGGUGUUUAGACAUGUGGACAGUCUAAGCGUGUCCUGGGAGACCGGGCCUGGAAGAGCAGAGCUUUUCCGACUUCUGCUGACAGAUAGCGCAGGUCUGGAAUCCGUCUGGAACACCACACUGGGCAACACUACAACCUCGUACAGGGUGAACGGCCUCACUCCUGGUCGCGUGUACAAUAUGAGCAUCAUCACUGAGGCAGCUGGGAUGCAAAACGCCGUGUCCCUGCAGGAACAAACAGAACCGAGCAUGGUCUUUAAUGCACACAUGGAGAACAACAGGAGUCAGACCAGUCUCCAGGUCUCUUGGGAUCAAGCACCAGGUGAUGUUGACACUUACCUGGUUCAGCUACUGUCUUCUGAUUCAGCUGUGCAGGAGCAAACUCUGUCCUCAAACACCACACAAGCUCAGUUUGACCAUCUGACACCAGGCAGCAGCUACCAAGCCUCCAUCUACACCAGGAGUGGUGAUCUCAGCACCCGGGUCAAUGUGACUGCCUCAACCGCUCCAGGUGAAGUCUCUCAACUGAAGAUGGAGAUGCCUCCUCAGUAUGGUGAUGUAAAGAUUAGCUGGCUGCCCCCUGUAGGACACUGGGAACGCUACCACGUGAUGCUAUUUAACGGCAGCGAGACCCUGAUGAACACAAGCUUACACAAAGCUGCUAGAGAGUUCAGGUUUUCUGGGUUAAAGCUCCAUCCUGGCAGAGUUUAUAAAGCAGCAGUGAGUGUGUUUAGCAGAGGGCAGAGCAGCACCAUGUACUGCAGCACCGAGACAGGUCCACCGCCUGUGUCGCAGCUCCACCUCCGUCAUGCGGACAAGACGACCCUCAGUGCUUUAUGGGACCACAGUUUUGGCUCAGGGACUCGUGACGGCUACACUGUAGAGCUAUACUAUGGCACUGGAUCCACUGCUGUUAAGACGCGAGAGCUACCCCGAGAUAUGAGAGAGUGUACGUUUAACGUGCUCGUGCCUGGACGUCUGUAUAAAAUUGUCGUGACGACAACCAGUGGGAAUCUAAACAGUUCUGCUGCAGUGACAGGAAGGACAUUGCCUGAUGAAGUGAGCUCUCUGAAGUUAAACAACAUGAAAACCACAGACUCUCUCACCGCCACCUGGGACAGGCCUGAGGGAGAUGUGGACUCCUAUAAAGUCCUGCUGCUUCACAACAACGAGCCUGUGUAUAACCUCACUGUCCCAGCUAACACAACCACAAUUCACCUCCCGCAUCUCCGAGCUGGAGCGGUUUAUAAACUGCUGAUUAGCACAGUCAGUGGUGAACAACACUCCAAGCAGCUCGAGGCCAUCUGCCACACAGUUCCAGCAGCCGUGGCUGAAGCAACGGUCACCAACGAAGGACGUCCAGAUUUCCUCAACGUCUCAUGGAAAGCUGCACCAGGAGACGUGGACAGUUAUCAAGUCAACCUGAAAUACCGUGAGCAGACCGUGUACACGCAGAAGGUGACCAAAAUGAGCUCUGAAUUCAGCAGCCUGAAGCCGGGCCGACGCUAUACUGUCUACAUCAGCAGCUGUAGCGGUGUUUACAAAAACACCACCCUGAUCCAAGGAAGAACACAACCUUCUGCUGUACAGAACCCCAGUGCCAUCCAUUUAGCCCGAGAAAAUGUCCUGAAGGUGUCCUGGAGCCAUGCAGCUGGAGAUUAUGACUAUUACAACAUAGCAAUCCUGCACAACAACACACUGCUUCAGAACCAGACGGUGGAAAAGAGCCGCAACGAGUGUGUGUUUAGUGAUCUGGUGCCCGGGCGACUCUACCUGCUCACCGUCAGCACCUGGAGUGGAGAAUACGAGUCCAGGAUUAGCACUGAAGGACGUACAUUUCCCGCUGCAGUACGCUCGCUGGCGCUGUCGCAGAAAAGAACCACUAGUCUGUGUGUGAGCUGGAACGCUGCGCCGGGGGACGUGGAUCACUACGAGCUCCAGAUCCUCUACAACGACAUGAACGUUUUCCCAGCCGUGAGACUGAACAACACGGUGCGAGAGCACUGCUUCUCUCCACUCAGCCCAGGCUUUCUCUACAAGAUAGUGGUGUCCACCAUCAGCGGCUCCUACAUAAAGGCCCAGCGCAUCGAGGGCCGCACUGCACCCAGUCAGGUAAAGAACCUCCAGCUCGUCCCCGGGAUACUCAGAGGGAGUCUCAGAGCUUCCUGGAGUGCCGGCGAAGGAGACGUGGACUUCUACAAUGUCAUCCUGCUCAAUAAUAAUAAACGUGUCGAGAUGCCAAGACGUGUCCCGAAGCAGGACAACGGGACAGACUUUGAAGAUCUGGUCCCGGGGCAGUUGUACAUGGUUAUAGUAGAAGCAGUGAGUGGAGAGCUGAGUAACGACAGCAGCGUCAGCGAACGCACCGUUCCUUUGCCGGUGAAGAGCCUUCAGGCCGACAGUGAACACACCACACACAGCCUGGCUGUUAGCUGGGACACGCCGAUGGGCGUGUUCGAUGGCUACAGUAUUCAGCUGAUGGAUGAGGAUGAAGCCGUGGUAGCCAACAUUUCAGUUCCUGCAGACGUCACACGUUACCGGUUCGAAGGUUUGGUCCCGGGAAGAAUGUACACGGUGCAGCUCAAGACCUACAGCAACACUUCUUACAGCAAGGACGUCACGGCAAAAGGACAAACGCGCCCAACAGCUGUAAAAGACCUCCGUCUGCUUACAAACAGCACGGCUGAGCUCACGUUCAGCUGGAAUGUGUCUGAAGGAUGGGUGGACCACUACGACCUCCACCUGUACAGCGUGGACAAUAUUCUCCAAGAGCACAAGAUAGUUGGGGCAAAAGAGAGAAGCUGCAUUUUCCCUCACCUGCUUCCCGGGACACUUUACAAGCUGGUGGUGAUAAGCAAGAGCAGAGGACUGAGCAGCGAGACGUCUCUGUGGGCACGCACAGUUCCUGCCCCAGUCCGAGACUUGCAGAUUGAUCAUGAAGGUCACACAGACAGUGUGUUGCUGAGUUGGAGACGAGCUCUCGGGAGUCUGGACAAAUACACCAUUUCUCUAGAGGGCUCGGAUCAGCCGGAACAGAGACUGGAACCCGAACACACUCGCACCAUCUUCACAAACCUUCUGCCUGGUCGUUUAUUCACUGCUGUGGUGCGCAGCUGGAGUGGAGAACUUACAAACACUGUCUCUGUAGUAGGACGCACAGUUCCUGAGCCACCCACGUCCCUGACCAUUAAAGACGUCGGCCCUGUCGGCACGGUAGAGUUGAUCUGGCACGCUCCUACUAAAGGGGAUUAUGAUGACUUUGAAGUAAAAUGGCUGCCACGAGACACACUGUACGUGUCAAAACCGAACUCAAUGAGACGCAUCGUGUCUGGUCUGUACCCUGGCAGGCUGUAUAACUUCAGCUUGUACACUGUGAGUGGAGGAACACCAGGGCCGGUCGCCUACAGCUCAGCUGUUUACUACUCCAUCCGCACAGCCCCAGGGCCGGUCCAGAGCUUCCACUGCCAUCCCCUGAGCUCCAAGUCUCUGUCGUGCUCCUGGAAGCCUCCUGUAUCUGAUUACAGCACAUACUAUAUGGAAUGCAGGAGACAAGGCUCGAAAGAGCCGGUGUACAAUCGCACCCUCGGUGCCCAUACCCAUUCUCAACACUUCGAUAAGCUGGAGCCUUACAGGAACUACACAGUGUCAGUUACAGUGAUCUCUGGAGACAAGAAAGGAGUGACCGUCCAGAACAGCACCUUCACCAUGAUCGACCGUCCUCCGGUGCCUCAGUCCUCAGUGCGGGUCAGUGAGCAAGCAGACCACAUCACUCAGUCCACCAUUGCCUUCAAGUUUAACUGCAGCUGGUUCAGUGACACCAAUGGAGCAAUUCGCUACUUUACCAUCGUUGUAGCCGAGGCUGAUGGAUUUGAGCCCCUGUUGCCAGAACACAGGCAUCCUCUGCCCUCGUACCUGGACUACAAGCACAACAGCUCUGUAUCAGCUUACCAGACCAGCUACUUCCAGAGCUUGUGUGAGAAUGAGGAGGAUUCAACAACGCUGGUGUAUGAGAUCAAGCUCGGGGCCGGGAUGGCUCGUCUGGGAGGAGCUUGUGAACAAGACAUGGAGCCCAAACAGCGAGAGAAAUAUUUCUGUGACGGACCCUUAAAAUCCAGAACGGCUUAUAGGUUGAGUGUAAGAGCCUUCACUCAGCUCUUCGACGAUGAGAACAGGGAGAUGUCUCAUCCUCUGUUCAGUGACACCUAUCUCUCACUCCCACUCUGGACACAAGCAGAGCCGCUGGGAGGUGUGGCCGAGGGCAUCAGCGCAGGCUUGUUCCUCAUCGGGACGAUGAUAGUUGUAGCUGCCUUACUGAUCUACAGGCAAAGGGUCCACAAAGUAGCGGUGCAGGAAAGCCCUCUGGUCAGGAUGAGCUUGUGGAAGGAGGUUCCCACCUCAGGGAUAUACACAGGGGUCAGGAGCAACCGUCGCUUAGCCAGCCCCAUCAAGGAGGCACACUUCGAAGCUCACCUCAGUAAACUGCAAGCCGACUCCAAUUACCUCCUCUCAGAGGAGUUCGAGGAUCUGAAGGAUGUGGGGCGGAACCAGGCUCUGGAUGCUGCACGUUUACCUGAGAAUCGCUGCAAGAAUCGAUACAACAAUAUACUGCCAUAUGACUCGACUCGUGUGAAGCUCUCAUGCCUAGAGGACGACCUGUUCUCGGACUACAUCAAUGCCAGCUUCAUCCCAGGGAAUAAUUUCAGGCGGGAGUACAUCGCCACACAGGGGCCACUCCCAGGCACCAAGGAUGAUUUCUGGCGCAUGGUGUGGGAGCAAAAUGUGCACAACGUCGUCAUGGUGACACAGUGCGUUGAGAAGGGCAGGGUAAAGUGUGAUCAGUAUUGGCCUGCGGACAGGGAGCCACUGUACUACGGUGACCUUGUGGUGCACAUGCUCUCUGAGUCCAUCCUACCAGAGUGGACAAUCCGCGAGUUCAAGAUAUUCUGUGAAGGCCAGCUGAGUUACCCGAGGAUCGUGCGUCACUUCCAUUACACGGUGUGGCCGGAUCACGGCGUGCCGGAGACGACCCAGUCGCUUGUUCAGUUCGUGAGAACUGUGAGAGAUUACAUCGACAGGGUGUCAGGAUCGGGCCCUACUGUGGUCCACUGCAGUGCUGGUGUAGGUCGUACAGGAACUUUCAUGGUGCUGGAUCGCACUUUACAGCAGCUGGGUAGCCUUGGCACCGUCGAUAUUUACGGCUGCGUGUUCGACCUGAGACUGCAUCGCUCACACAUGGUGCAAACCGAGAGCCAGUAUGUGUACCUCCAUCAUUGUGUGCGUGAUGUUCUGAGGGCCAAGAAGCUUCGCUGUGAACAGGAGAACCCACUUUACCCCAUUUAUGAGAACUUUAACCCUGAAUACUAUCGAGAGUUCGUGUACACUGGACACUAGGACCACAGACCUCUGGAGGAAUCGUAGGAGAAGGAAACGUUUCUCAACUUUAAAUCUAUCUGGUGCACUUCACAGCAAAAAACAGAUAUUUCAGCAAGUGGAUAUAUAUAUAUAUAUACAUUUUUUUUUAUUUUACAAAUAAAUGCUCACAUUCAGAAAAA